AUGCUCUGGGAAGUCCUCUUCUGUAUUGAACACGCUGAGCGAGACCACAGAGUGAAGGUCCUCAUCUGGGCGGGUCGCGGUAUGGCCCUUGGUCGUUGCUUCUCUGGUGGCGCUGACUUCACGUCUCUCUCCGCUAUCGAUGUCGAUCCCGAGAUCAUCGCUGGCUACACUCGGGUCGGCAAGGGUAUGGCCCGAGAGAUGGACGUGGCCUUGCAGGGGAUAACACAGCGCAUGUUAGCCUUUAAGAAACUAUCUAUCUCUGCAGUCCAUGGGCCGUGCAUUGGUGGAGGAGCCAACUUCUCGCUGUUGCUGCACGACUUCGUAUUCGUGGCGAAGAGCGCUAAGUUCCGUUACCCCUUUGCUGAGCUGGGCAUCCCAGCAGAAGUAGGCUCGUCCUUCCUAUUGCCCUACACUGUGGGUCUACAGCGAGCUAAGGAGCUCCUCAUGCUAGGGGAGUUCUUUGGUGCAGACAAGGCACUUCAGUUGGGAUUGGCACAUGAAGUCGUGGAGAAAGAUGAGGACCUGCUACCGACUGCCAUUGCUUUCGCUGCUACUAAGUUGGCUCAUAGGAAGUAUAUGGACUCUUAUGCUUACACCAAGGCUCUGGUGAACGGCAAUCUACUCGCUAUUAUGAAAGCUCACAGAUCCCUCGAUAAGGAGAACGAAGCCUUUGAUGUCGCACUGAAGUCGGAAGGGUUCAUGGCUGCAAUGGCGGCCUUCAAAGCUAAAUUUGGGGGGAAGAAAAAGAUGCAGUCUAAGCUGUGA